AUAACAAAAGAUUGAAAAAAAAAAAAAAAAACACCGGCGCUGUUCUCUCCUCUCCGUUUCCCCCAAAAUCCAACCCAUCACCCGAGAUUCUCGACGCGAUCGCUGUUCUUCGAUCGCGAUUGCUUCUGCCAUUCCUUGUUCCGAUCGAUCUCCAUCUGGAAUUUUUCUUUUUUUGAUCUGUGGAUUUUGAGGUGGUGGAUCUUAGGGUUUUGAUCGAUCGAUCGAUGGGGUUGUUGUUCGUGGAGACGCUGCCCGGGCCUAAGGUUUUCAAAUGCAGUUGCUGCAAGGUUGAUUCGGCGUCGCACGACGCCAUCAUCUCCAAGGAUUUUAACGGGAGAUUCGGCCGAGCUUACCUCUUCAACAGCGCGGUGAAUAUUUCCCUAGGACCUACUGAAGAUCGGCACCUGCUGACUGGAUUGCAUACAGUGAAUGACAUUUACUGCAGCUGCUGCCAGCAAAUAUUGGGCUGGAGAUAUGAAAAAGCGUAUGAUGAAAGUCAGAAGUACAAAGAAGGGAAGUUCAUCCUUGAGAAAGCAAGGAUGCUGAAAGAGGGGCGGUGAACCCGGGAAAAUGCCGUGGAUAACAAGGGUCAGAUUGUGGAGAGACAUUAGGUUGAUCAAUUGUGCAGUUUUUAGAAGUUGUUGUAAUCUGUUUACUCAAAACCCUAAUCAAAAGGAUUUCUCGAAUAGGGGUUAGAACUCACUCAUUCUUGUGGAACAAUGAAUAAAAGAA